AUGGCUUUUACGCCACUGUUGGAAUCCAACAUUUCAACUGCUUUUCCAACAAUUCAGGCGCCGCCGCUCGGCUCUCGGCAGCCGACGCGAAGGUCAAGAUACCCGCUGGACUCAACAGACGGACAGAACACUAGUUCGUACGACCACGGUUCUCUACCUUGUGGUGGCGACCCGCACAUUGGUCACAAUGUCUUCUGGGGAACAACUAAAUUCCUGGUCUCGAUGGAGGUCUUUGUUGCCAUCCUGGUUGUCGGAACUAUGUCGUUCUUGGAAACACGGAUCUGA